AUGAUAUCAGUUAUUUCCAAACUGCAAUCUGUUAACCAAAACCAACGAAAGAUUCACUUUCGAGACUUGACUGGAUUGGGAAAUGCUGCACGAAUCUACAAGGAUGCGUUUGAUAUUUACUAUCAAAUCUCUGUGUAUCAGCCCAAUGUUACAGUGAAACUCAGCAUCGAAAAAGAGUUGCUCAAACUGGAAAAAAAGCUUUAUCCAUGGGUCAUCAAUGGUCCAAUGCACUCUUCAGCUAUAGAGGCUUUGUUUAAUUCCUCUGGCCGUGGAAUUGUCAUAACCACUGGCUCGAAAUAUGCUUUGGUUGCCAAACACACCAUCACUAUGCUAAGAUUGAUCAAAAGCACGCUUCCAAUAGAAAUCAUGUAUUGUGGCGCUGACGACCUUGGGACUAAUGAGUUUAAAAUGCUUUCUAUGCUGCCUAAUGUCAGGGUAGUAGAUAUGCGCUCUGUGCUUGGACUGAAAAGAUGCGAAAAGGGAUGGGAAAACAAACCAUUUGCAGUUUUAGCUUCACGGUUUAACCAAGUUAUUUUGAUAGACGCAGAUGCAUUAUUUUUCCAACCACCAGAAGUGCUGUUUGAGAUACCACGGUAUAAAGAAACAGGUACACUAUUAUUCCGCGAUCGCACACUUCCUUUUGGAACUUAUGGGAGAGGGCAAAAUCUUGUGAACAUGCUCAUGGAUAUUGCCAAGCCAUUCAAAAAUCAACUCUUGUAUUCGGAAAACCGUCUAAUGAGGCAUAUGACUUCAGACGAGAUUGAUUCAGGCGUAGUCGUUUGGAACAAAUCUAAAGCGAUGCCAGCAAUCCUAUUAACCUGCUUGCUAAACUCGGCUCCAUUCAAGAAUCAUAUUUAUUCAAACUCCUGGGGCGACAAGGAGACGUAUUGGCUAGCACAUGAAGCAUUGAGAAUCCCGUUUUCAGUUGCAAGUGACAACGGAGGUGCAAUUGGGCAAUUGAUUCAUAGCGAUGGUGCCGACAUGGUUUGUGGUGGUCUGUAUCAUGCAGAUGAUAUGGACAGACCAUUAUGGUUUAACGGCGGCAUUGGAUCCCGUAUACCUGCCAAGGAGCUUGGCAUUACACAAGUCCAGCAUUGGGCCAUUGAAAGAACUGGGGCUAAUGUAAAAUGGGAGAUUGCUACUGAGCCAUUUUGCUUGCAUGGAAAGCUUGAUUCGCCAUUGGGUGUAAAUUAUUCUCAUAUUGGAAAGCUAACACCCAAUGAGCUGAAUUUGGCAAGGAACAUGACCGAGCUCUGGGUUGAACUGUUUCAGUUAUAACCAUAACACUGGCGUUUGAUCCAUAAUUCAAUGCCAAUAGUGGCUACACCUAUUCAUAUGCUGUCGUAUUUAUGCAGAAUGAGACUCGAAAAGUUUCAGUGGGUAAUAAACAGCCAAUCUCAUGAAAUGAUGUAUGUCAGUUUGCUGGACAAUAUUGUGUUUUCUAAACCGCCUACAGCUGGCGAUAAAGGAUAUAAAAAUGGUAGUGAAUGAGAAAUUGUCAGCAGUCAUCAUGCUUGAUAGACAUUUUGGAAACGAGAGCUUUCGGUUUAUAAAACUGCACGGCUAGGUUAGCGUAGACUAUAGGUGGAGCAUCAAGCUCUCGCGUCGGAACAGACCAACACCAA